AUGUCCGACGACAAGGGCAAGGCCCCUAAGCGCACAGAGGAUGAGUCCUCAGGCAAGGAUGGCAAGAAGAUUCCCCCUCAGCUCGCGACUCUACUGUUGGACCAGAACCCCGCCCUGAAACAAGAACUCGCCAAUAUGGACAAAGAUCAGGCAGCGGCCCUGUUGCACAAUAUGGACCUGUCGCAGAUGCUCACUGGACUGUCAAUGGGAGGGAAGAACCAGAAGGAUAUGGCUUCGUACAAAUUCUGGCAAACGCAGCCUGUCCCCGCCUUCAACGAUGCCGCAAACAAACAGAUUGAACAGGGACCCAUCAAGAUCAUCGACCCGGAGAAAGUCUCGCAGACUCCCGGUGCGCUGAUUGAUGGAUUCGAGUGGUGCACUCUGGACCUGACAAACGCGGAAGAACUGAAGGAGCUUUACGAGCUGCUGAACAACCACUACGUGGAAGAUGACAAUGCCAUGUUCCGGUUCAGCUACUCAGAGUCUUUCCUCCACUGGGCCCUCAUGUCUCCCGGGUGGAAGAAGGAAUGGCACGUCGGUGUGCGAGCCACCAAGUCGCGCAAGCUGGUCGCUUCCAUCUGCGGUGUGCCCACCGAGCUCCGUGUCCGUGGUGAACGCAUCAAGGUUACCGAGAUUAACUUCCUCUGUAUCCAUAAGAAACUCCGCUCCAAGCGUCUCACGCCCGUCUUGAUCAAGGAAAUUACCCGCCGCUGUUACGUCAACGGAAUCUACCAGGCCAUCUACACUGGUGGUGUCAUCCUCCCAACCCCCGUCAGCUCCUGCCGAUACUACCACCGUGCCCUGGACUGGCUCAAGCUCUACGAAGUCGGCUUCUCUCCCCUCCCUCACGGUUCCACCAAAGCUCGCAUGAUUACUAAAAACCAUCUCCCCACUGAAACUCUGACCCCGGGUCUUCGCCCCAUGGAGGUGAAAGAUAUCGAUGCUGUUUACGAUCUCCUGGAGCGGUAUAUGCGCCGCUUCGACAUGAACCAGGCCUUCACGCGCGAGGAAAUCGAUCACUGGUUGGUCUACAAGGAGCAGCCGGAUAAGGAGCAGGUUGUAUGGUCCUAUGUCGUGGAAGACCCAGAGACACACAAGAUCACCGACUUUGUCUCCUUCUACAACCUCUCCUCCACUGUGAUCGACCACCCCAAGCAUGAGGCCGUCCGCGCCGCGUACCUGUACUACUACGCCAGCGAAACCGCAUUCUCCGACGACCAGAAGGCCUUCAAGGAGCGCCUUCAGUUGUUGAUGAACGAUGCCUUGAUCUGUGCCAAGAAGGCCCACUUCGAUGUUUUCAAUGCCCUGACCUCGCAUGAUAACCCCCUCUUCCUGGAGCAGCUUAAGUUUGGUGCUGGUGAUGGCCAGCUGCACUUCUAUCUCUACAAUUACCGGGCUGCACCUAUUGCCGGUGGUAUCAACCAGAAGAACCUGCCCGACGAGUCUAAGAUGGGCGGUGUUGAAGAACUAAGCUACAUGCUGGCUGAGCGCUUCGCCACAAAAUGCUUUACACCAUUGGAACUCACUCAUUUCAAAGACAACUUUUACCCCCGAGCCUCUGAGCAAGGGGGCUUGCGGUACUGGAAUGAGAAAACACUCUCGGACUUCCUCGGAAUCCCAGAUGGCAUUCACGCGUCGCAGGAGCAGCCCUUGGAUGCGGGCCCUGUGAUCUUUCGGAUGGUGUCAUAUCUGGGGGCAUUCCCUUUUCAAAAUACGCUGGCGCCGAGUGUGUUAACCUUUGAAGCUAUGGUCAAGGUGGUUGUACUUCUGACCGAACGUUAUGGGAAAGCCUUGAAACGCGGACACAAGGACCGAAUCAAGUUGCUCUUUGGCAGUCUUGCAGACGUGGGGAGGAAGUUACCUUCGCCCGCUGAAGCUGAGGAGGCUACGGCCAAGGAAGUCGAUGCUACCGUUGGAAAUUCACAUGCGCCGGGUUUCUCAAUAGAUGAACCGGCAAACGAUGAGUAUGAUGAAGAUGAGGAUGACGAUCUUGCAUUGGCGGCAUUGGAAUCCCUUGAUGCUAUUGAGGUGUUCAAGCAUGACCAUCGAGUGGACAAAACGGUUUAUGAGACUCGAAUUUUCAUUGAUACCUUCCGGCGACUGCUUAUGCUACUUCUCGUCAUUGCGCCAUUGAAACCACUGGAAUCUCUGAAAGUGUAUACCUCUGACCUGGAUACUGCGCGAAUGGAGGCGAUGCAAAAUGAAGCAGACAGUAUUAUUUCUGCAUUCUCACCCGAGGAGAACGAUGGUGGGAUCUCAUACAAAGCGUUUGCUCGAACAGUUUCGACUUCUCUACCAUAUCUGUUCGACCCGCUCACUGCUCUUUUCGAACAUAUGCUUUUCAGCAAGAACCUGGACCUGUCCCAGCACCGUCAAAGCGGACUCGCAACAGAGACAGAGACAGAGGGAGACACAGAAAAGAUCGAGCCCAUUCCACCAACUACAAUCAUGCUACCAGGAAGCUUCGAAUCCACCAUCCUAACUCCAACCCUAACAUCACACCUCUCACUCUUCCUCCCUUCAUCACCCAAUCUCAACCUCUUCCGCAGCGGCGUCAAACUCCACCCCGUCUUCUCUACCAACGCCCACGGCUCCUCACUAAGCUCUUUCUCCCACCACGUCCUCACCUGGCAAUCAGCAACCCUCCUCAUCCUCCAAGGCUCUCCAUCAGAUUCAUCCAACGACGAACUAACAACCCUCGGCGCCUACCUCCCCCAAGCAUGGAAAACAACAUCCUCUUCAACCACACCCAACCUCCCAUGCCUCUUCCAACUAUCCCCAAAACACAUCCUCCUCCCAGGCAACCCAUCCCCAUCAAUAAAGAAACCAAAUACCCCACCAGCCUACUUCUCCCCCACAACCGGCAUCGCACUCGGCUGUCAAAUACCUGCAAAAUCACACACCCAGCAAAACACCCCCAAACCCCUCGGUGCAGGAUCCCUCCUCAUAGACGGGAACCUAGAGACUGUCGAAUUCCACACCGCACCAGUCGGCCACGAUGGCGUCUUCUUGCCAUCUACCUCAGAUACUCCCGCCAAGACGAAACUCGAUCUGUAUACCCUGGAAAUAUGGGGUAUAGUCCCUAACCCGGAAGGAUGUGAGGCUUCUUCUAGUGCUGUAGAGAUGCAGCGUGCGAAGUGGGAGUUUGAGGCUAGAGAUGCGGAACGGAGGCGGAAUAUCAAUUUUGGGUCUGCGGGUGCUGAUCAGGGUGCGAAUGAGAAUGCGAGAUGGCUUUUGGAGGCGGCGGGGGUUAUUGGGGAUUCCAGACGUUGA